AUGGCCCAACACAAGCAAAUCGUCGAGUCGUACAUCAAGGAGAACAAAGUCGUUGUCUUCUCCAAGACGUAUUGCCCUUACUGCAAGAGCACCAAGCAGACCCUCGACGAUCUGGGUGCCAAGUAUCUCGCGGUUGAGCUUGACAAGAGGGACGACGGUUCCGAGCUUCAGGCCGCCCUCCAGGAAAUUUCCAACCAGCGCACCGUUCCCAACACCUUCAUCGGCCAGAAACACAUUGGCGGCAACUCCGAUCUGCAGGCCCUCUUGAAAUCGGGCGAACUGCAGACGCUACUGAAGAACGCCGGCGCGCUCGAGGCGUAA